AGGAGGCUACAGUUAGGAAGGCAAACAAACUGCGGAAGUUGUAGCAGACAAGUUGGGAGGUCCGGUAGGUGCCCCCUCCCAACAGGGAAUGAGCAAGUGCCACGGCGGCAGGACUUUUCCCUUUUCUGAUUCUGGAAGGUGCUAGACAAAAACAUGGAACUAAUUUCCCCGACAGUGAUUAUAAUCCUAGGUUGCGUUGCUCUUUUAUUAUUCCUUCAGUGGAAGAAUUUGCGUGGACCCCCGUGCAUAAGGGGCUGGAUUCCUUGGAUUGGAGCUGGAUUUGAGUUUGGGAAAGCCCCUCUAGAAUUUAUAGAGAAAGCAAGAAUCAAGUAUGGACCAGUAUUUACAGUCUUUGUUAUGGGCACCCGAAUGACCUUUGUUACUGAAGAAGAGGGAAUUAAUGUGUUUCUAAAAUCCAAAGAAGUAAAUUUUGAACUAGCAGUGCAAAAGCCCGUCUAUCGUACAGCGUCAAUUCCAAAGAAUACUUUUUUAACACUGCAUGAAAAGCUUUAUAUCAUGAUGAAAGGGAAAAUAGGGACUUUCAACCUAUAUCAACUCACUGGACAACUGACUGAAGAAUUAAAUGAGCAACUGGAGAACUUAGGCACUCAUGGGACAAUGGAGCUGAACAACUUAGUAAGGCAUCUCCUUUAUCCAGUCACAAUGAAUAUACUCUUUAAAAAAGGUUUGUUUCCCACAGACGAGAGAAAAAUCAGGGAGUUCUAUCAGCAUUUUCAAGCUUAUGACGAAGGUUUUGAGUACGGAUCCCAGAUGCCAGAACGUCUCCUAAGAAACUGGUCAAAAUCCAAAAAGUGGCUUUUAGCACUUUUUGAGAAAACUAUUCCAGAUAUGAAAACAUAUAGAUCUGCAAAAGAUAAUUCCAUGACGUUAAUGCAGGCUAUGCUGGAUAUCGUAGAGACGGAAAGAAAGGAAGAAAUGAGCCCCAAUUAUGGGCUCUUAUUACUUUGGGCUUCUCUGUCCAAUGCUGUCCCUGUUGCAUUUUGGACACUUGCAUUUGUCCUCUCUCAUCCCACUGUCCAUGAGACCAUUCUGGAAGGCAUAUCUUCUGUGUUUGGCACAGCAGGCAAAUGGCAAAAUAAGAAUGCCCAUCUCAUGGAGUUACUAGGAGAAUAUGGCAUGGGGACCACAGAAGUGGAGAGGAAGGGCACCUCAUCAUGGAAGCAAAUGAUCAGAGAAUGCCUCCAGAGGAGACCUAGCCUCAGGUGGUUUGCUCUGUUACAGAUUCAAAUAUGUAUUAUUUUAAUACUUUAUAAAUAUGACUGUAGUCUUCUGGAUCCAUUACCAAAACAGAGUCCUCUCCAUUUGGUGGGUGUCCAACAGCCAGAAGGACAAUGCCGAAUUGAAUUUAAACAAAGAAAAUGACAUCUGUUGGGCCUAAAGAGUGCCAGGGCCUUCUGGAAGAGUGACUGUCCCCAUCCACUAGCCUGGCAGCAUCUAGCUCUGAGCUCUACUAAAACAUACGGCUUAACUUUGUUUUAGGAUUUAGCUCAAGAGAAUGUAGGUAGGUGUGUUUGGUAACUUAAGAGUAGACCAAGAAUCUGACAUCACUCUCACCGAUACGAGAUCUGAAUAUAUGGUUUGUAGAAAAUGUUUAAAUGAUUUAAAGAAGAGGCAUUUCUUAAGGAGUUGUAAUUUGGUUUCGUGCAUAACUGUAUUAAAACUUUAAUUAGAAAUAAUGCCUCUUGAGUGAAAAUCUUAGUAAACUGUGAAGGCAACAUACUUUAAUUUCUGUUUUGAAAAAGGCUGAAAGUCUUAAACUCUAAGGAAAUAUUAAAUAGUAAUUUCUGGAAAUUUUUUAGUUUUCUUAAUAUGAUUCUCAACUGGCAAUUGGAAUUCUUAAGUUCCAUUCAUAUAAUUCUUUAUGGUAAAUAGGACUAGUGCUGAAACAAUGAAUAAAAUGAUAGCUUUCUAAGACCUGCGAAGACAGGGAGCAUGUCUUACACUCAUUCCGUGCUCAACUACACCUAGGACAACCCCUUCUGUAUAAGGUUUAUUCAGUAAAGGUAUACUGAUUGAUAUAUUGAUUUGUAUUUUAAUUGAAGGUGAAAGCACUCUUUUGAUUCAAGGCAUUAGUAGUUAUAGGUGAAGAGGUACUAUUUUUGUGGGUAGAAACACAAAUAAAGUGAUGUCAAGGCAAAUAACAGCAUUUGAAUGUAUUACUUAGGACUUCUGCCUGAAAUAUUUACUAGGAAACCCUGAAAAGAAAUCCCGUCAUGCCCCGGGGGAAACAUACAACAGUAGUAACAGAGUGAUCAGUGAUGUCAUGAUUUGUCCUCUAAUAUUCAGUAAAAUGCUGCUUGCCUCCUUUAUUUCACAAUAAAUAAGCUUUGUGUGCA